UGGGUAUUUCUCCGUGCUUGUCCCUGCAUCCGCAACAAAGAAUUCACCAUCUGCUACUGCCUGAAGUUUGCUGCGAUCAGUGAGGCACCAUUUUCCACAACCGCAAAUGAGUGUGAUUUUAGUGACCGGUAUGCCGGGCGCAGGAAAGACGACGCUGGUGCGUAAGCUUAGCGAAGAACUGCGGAACCACGGACAUGUUGUUGGUGGAUUUUUCACCGAAGAGGUGCGUGAUCGACUCACCGGUGAACGGUCCGGGUUUGACAUUGUUACCUUCUCCGGCCAACGUGCCCCGUUGGCCAGGGUGGAUGCGAAACGAACGACCAACAGUCCCCAAGUGGGCCGUUACACCGUGUGCUUGGCGGAGUUUGAAGCCCUAGCCCUUCCAGCGAUGGAACGUCAACCGCACGGCCGUGAGCUACUAAUCGUGGAUGAAGUCGGCAAAAUGGAACUGAAAUCACGGCCAUUUAGCGAGCGUAUGGAAGCGAUCGUCAAGGAGCUGGCGGCAGGAAAUGGCCGUCUGAUUGCGACCGUACCGUUGAAGGCGACCGGUGUUGGCGUGAUCGAUCGUUUGCAGCGCAUUCCGGGACGGCAGCUGUUUCAUGUGCAGCCAUCAAACAGGGAACAAAUUUAUGGGGACAUUUUGGAUGCAGCUAUGCUUUGUGCUUCAAAAUCACGUCGAACCUGAGAAUCUGAAAAGAUGGACAACAAACACACUACCGGCUGGAGUGAUUUCACGUUGCGCUUCACUCGCAAACACAAUGGUUUGAAUUCUAUUUCGUAUAAAUAAAAAAAACUAACCCUUCAAGUAGGUCAGAUUAACUUCCUGCGACACACGCCUUACAAGUAAUUGUCUAUUCACAUUGUUCGGGGUUUCCGUCGUUCUCAACCGUUGGAAAGUGGCCAGUUGAGAUGGUUAUUCGCGGAACUAAUGGAAACCGCGGCGGUUACCGUUGCGGU